AUGGACUGGCACGACAAAUGGAUACCUAUCUUUGCUGUCGCAAUCGCCAUGAUCGUGUUACCACUCAUCGUCGUUCCUCUACGCUGCUACAUCCGAAUCACGAGGCGUUCGUUCAAGAUUGAUGACUGGCUCAUUAUCGCGGCACUCUUAUUUCAUCUUGGAGCUUGUGCGGUCACGCUAUGGGGAUUCGUGUAUGGUCUUGGUAUGCCUGACAAGGUUCUCAGCCUAGAGAAUCAGAUGAAAGGUGUUCAGACUUUCGCAAUGUACAAGCCUAUCUACACGCUAGCAACCUGCUUGAUCAAAUGCAGCGUCUGCUACACCUUCCUCCGCUUGUCGACGUCACCAAAGAUCAGACGAGCAUUACACUGGAUAUUGAUUAUCGUCAGCUGCUCUUCGCUUGUCAUGUUCAUCGGGUCUUUUGUCUAUUGUGUGCCUUACCCAGCCAUCUGGACACAUUGGCAUCACCCUCAUACUCCUGGAUACUGCUUGCCUGGAGCUGUAGUGCUGACAGUCGGAUAUUCGUUCGCUUGUACCACGAUUUUUGCGGAUUUUGCAUGCGCCAUCAUCCCUGGGAUCAUCCUAUGGCAGACGGUCAUGAGCACGAGGAACAUGGUCGUGGCGUGGUUCGUCUUGGGCUUGGGUGUUUUAGCAGCAGCAAUGACGAUUUGUCGCUUGCCUUACAUAGCCUACUGGACCCACAAAACCGACAUGUCCNNUGUAAACGGCCUGGGAAGAAUCCUCCUNUUUGAGCUCUUAGAGUGUGGAAUCGGCAUAUUUGCCUCUUGCGCACCGGCACUGAAGCCAUGGUUCUCCGCCUCCAUGAGCUCCUUGACAUCCUUGCUGCACCGCUUGACAAAGUGGACAACACUAGAUUCGCAUAUCUCGGCCUCCAAUCACAAAUACCACCAUCAUCUCCAGGAUCUCGAGAAGGCAGAGCAUGGUGAACAAGCGCCAUCUGUUGAUCCAACUGCCACAGCACCACCUGUUCCUCGCAUGGACCUUGUGAUCCCUGAUAUCGAAGACACAGUCAUGGAUACUGUGAUGGACGGCCACGACAAAGGAUGGGAUGGUUAUGAAUCUCCGGCGCUAAAUAACAGGCCGAGUCCUGUGCCGGUGAUAAUCGUCUCGAGAAUCCGGGCUGAGAGUGGGGACUAUACGAAUACUUGGGACAUCGUUAAGGAGGAAGACGGUAACGAUGUCCCUUCUCGAGCAUGA